GAUAAGUACGUCCCCCUCUUUGACACCACACUACCCCUUAGCUCCUAAACCUACUUAGCUUAGCUGCUUUGCUCGAAUCAAAUCACCUCCGAUCAUUAGUCCCACCUCGGCCGCGCAACCUCAGCUCGUCCAGCUUAACGACUCGAUCGGGAGUGUCCGCGUCGCGCCAGCUUUUUUGCCCUGCCCGGCCGGCCGGCCGCGAACGGAAGGAGACGCCGCGGCAGUAGUAAGUAAUAAUAAUGGGCGCCGCCGCGUCGCGCCAGGAGGACGCCGAGCGAGUGGCCGCGCGGCGGGAGCACAUGAGGCGGUGCAGGGAGAGGCGGCGGCUGAUGCGGGAGGCGGUGCGGCUGCGCCGCCACCUCGCGGCCUCGCACGCCGGGUACCUCCGGUCGCUCGUCGGCGCCGCGUCCGCGCUCACCCGAUUCGCGGUCGGCGAGCCGCUCCCGGUGUCCGACCACACCCCGCCCGCCGUGAUCGUCCACCGCCCCGUCGUCGCGCCCUCCACGCCGCCGCCGCUCCUCCGGUCCAUCGACGAGGACCAGCGGCGGCGGCGGGCGCGGGAGGCCGGCGAGGCUGUCGGCCACGUUCUUGAUGGCGAGGCCGGGGCGCCGUCGGUCACGCGAGAGGAAGGCGGCGGCGGCGGUGGCGAGGAGGUGAGGAUCGUGGCGAGGCACCGCAGCCUCGCGGAGGUCGCGGCGGGGUUGGAGGAGUACUUCCUCAAGGCCAGCGUCGCCGGCGACGCUGUCUCGAGCUUCCUCGAGGCCAGCAACACCGAGUUCAAGCGAGGACCGAACAGCAUCUUGGGCGCGCUUUGCUGCCUGUCGGCGCCAUCGGUUGCGCACGACCGCGUCGACAGCAUCAAUGGCGGCCAGAGGCAUAGCUCCACCUUGCAGCAGCUGUUGGCAUGGGAGAAGAAGCUGUAUCGUGAGGUCAAGGCGAGAGAGCGGCUGCAGGUCCAGCACGACAAGAAGCUGGAGGAGUUGAGUGCCCAGGAGUACAGCAGGAAGGUCGGCGUGGACGUCCUGAAGCUCAAGGACGCGUGGGAGAAGGCGAAAGUGCAGCUCGAGACGGCGACGCAGGCCGUGAACGCGAGCUCCGCCGCCAUCGCGGAGCUCCGCGACGGGCAGCUCGCGCGCCAGCUGCUGGGGCUCUGCCACGCCACGUUCGACAUGUGGAAGGCGAUGGGGCAGCACCACGAGGCGCAGGGCCUGAUCGCGCAGCAGCUCCGCGGGCUGAGCAGCCGGACGUCCAUGGAGCCCACGACGGAGAUCCACCACGAGGCCACGCGGGCGGUCGAGGCCGCCAUGUCGUCCUGGUGCGCCGCCCUGGACCACCUGGCCAAGCACCAGCGCGACUACGUCCACGCCCUGCACGGCUGGCUCAGGCUGACACUGCAGGCGCCGGCCGACGGCGCCGAGGCGGCCUCCCCGUUCGCCACCGAGGUCGCCGCGUUCGUCGAGCUGUGGGGGCAGGCGCUCGAUCGCGUGCACUGCGCCGACGUGGUCAGGUCGAUCAAGAGCUUCGCCGGCGCCGUCCGGUCGCUGUACGGCCUCCAGAGCGACGAGCUGCGGGUGGCGCGACGCGUCAGCCAGUACUCCCGCGAGGCCGACCGCAAGUCGCGGACGCUGCGGCAGGUGGAGAAGAGCUACUACGAAUCGUACGCGCCGAUGGGCCUCUCCCUGUGGAACCGGGGGAUGAGGCACUGGGGGGACGACGGCAACGAGGUGGCGCAGCGGAGGGACGAGAUCGCCGCGUGCCGGAGGAUGGCGGAGGACGAGAUGCGGAAGCACGCCAAGGCCAUCGACGCGACGAGGGCCGCGGCGGUGACCGGCGUGCAGGGGAAGCUGCCCGCCGUGUUCCAGUCGAUGGCCGUGUUCUCGGCGUCGCUCGCGCGUGCGCUACAGGCCGUAUGCAGGCAGGGCACCCAUGUGCAGUAGAUACAUUAGUUCACUUGUUAUUUCCGUUGGAAAUUUCCAUUUGGCGUUUUCCUCUUUACUCCACAAUACGAGUAUACACGCAGAAAGAUACAUGAAGCUCUGAUAGGACGUAGGGAUACAAAAGAAAUAAGAGAAUAAAAAUCAAGACCUUUUACAGAGUUAUUAUUGAUUUUAAGCAGGAAAUAUUCAGCGGAGAGCAUAUAUGUUUUCGAUCAAGCACGUCUACUGUUUUACUUGCCGAUUGGAAAAUUUUGUAUUGUCUUGACAAUAAUGUGAGAUAGGUCAUACGCAAUAGAUCCAUCUUGUAUCAGUGAAUGAAAACAACCAAACAAU